AUGAUAAGGCGCUGUCCCGGCGGCACCGAGGGGCUCGAGCAGUCUCCCUCGGCGCCCGAGGCAAGGACAAGCGGGUGGUGGACGCGGGCGGCUCCGCUCCUCCAAGCACUCUGGACUCUGAACGCGGCCGCCCCGAACGGCCUUCAGCGGCCACCAGCCACGCCGCCGCUCGCGCCGGCCACAACACACGGACGUGUCCACAAACCGGCAGUCGGACGGCGGCCUUCGUCACAGCCCAACCCGGAGCCCGCCCAGGCGCCCACGGGCCGGGGACAGCCGGUCCACGCGCACCCCGGACCGCUCGCCCCGAAGGAGCCGCCGCGCGGGUCUGGACGUGGCUCAGGAAGCGGCCGCGCGCUGCGGGGCCCGAGAGCAGAGCCGCGUCUCUCGCGGCGCCCGCACACGCGUUCGCAGGGCGGGGUGGAGCGGGCACCGUCCCCGGGGCUUCAGCGAGUGUCCGCCGGCACCGAGGAAGCUGCGCCCCCGCUUCCGCGGCCCGGGCUCGUCCCGCCGCACGGCCAGCUCCGCACAACCCUGCGGCCCCGAGGCGACCUCCCCGCCCGCCGGGAGGGACGCGCCGGCGCCGCACCGGCAGACGGGAACCGAGUCCGCCCCCGUCUGAGGAGCGUCAGCCCUGAGGCCGCGCCGUCCGGGCUCCCCGCCCCGCCGGCUGCGCGCGACCCCGGCCCCAGAGCGCGGCAGGGCCUGGCCGUCCUUCCAGGCUGGGCCGGGGCCCCCGCGGCCCCCGCGGUCCGAGCUGCACGGAAGAUCCUCGGGCUGCUGACGCGCGUCUUCCCGGCACGGACCUGCGGGGCCGCCUCCCGCCUCCGUCCCGCAGGUUCAGGCCGCGGCCGCGCCUGGCUCCCUCCCGAGGCUGCGCAACAGCCGCACCGGCCCCGCGCGCGGCAGCUCCACUCUAGGGGCUGCGGGACGGAGGUCGCCGGGGGCGCUCGCGAGGGGGCCGGGGCGGCAGCAGACGGACACGAGGCCGGCCGGGUCCCCGACGCCCCCUCCGCCCCGCCCGGCGCGCGCGGACACACAGCCGCCGGAGCACGUGCCGAGCCCCGCACGACCGCAGCCCACACCCCUGCCGGGCCCCGCACGGCGGCCCCGCGCGGUCGCCCCACACCGGCCCCGGGCCGCGCCGCCCUCCCGCCGGCCGGAAGGGACGUGACGCCCCGGAACCGCGGUAGUGACGCGCGGCCACUUCCGGGAGGCCCUUCCACUGAAAACAAGGAAACGCGAAUCGUCCGCCAACGCCGGCGACAAACAAGGGACUGUAGCCGUGCCAACAGGGCUGUAGGGGCCGCGGCCCUGCAAAGGCUGAGCCGCCGCCUCCCCCGCCCCCCACGGGACCACAGCCCUUCCCCACACGCCGCGUUCCGACUCCAGGUCCGGGUCGCGCUCGGCCUAUCCCGCGGCGCACCUCCCACAAGGCCCGCCCCCGGCGCACCGGUUCCGCCUCCAAGCUACGCUCGGCCUAUCCGGCGCCGGGCCCCCUUCGAGCCCCGCCCCACACCCUUGCCUUCGGCCCAUCCCUCGCCGCGCUGCAACCGGGGCCCCGCCCACUCUCGACUUUUCCCGCGCAGCCCAUCCCGCUCCCGCCCUCGCCCCCAGCCUAUCCCGCGUGGCCCCGCCUUCAACCCCGCCCCUGCCCCGUCUCCGGCCUAUCCCGCGCCGCGCUCGAGCCCCGCCUCCGGGAUCCCCAGCCUAUGCCGCGCACCCCCGGCCUAUCCCGCGCCGCGCCGCUUUGGCGCGCGGCUGUGA